UUCUCAUUUUAUAUAUUUUUUGUAUUCUUCCUCUUGUAUAAGAAUUGCAUCCCAGUUGUAGCGCAAGAUUUCUGCAGGAAAUCUCUCUCUACAACUUCGGGGGCUCGGGUUUUAUUCAACGACACCCGCCGAUUCGACUUUGACUCGGUCCCCCAACCCGCGACGCCAGUCUCCCUCCUUCGGCGGCGAGGUACCCGCCGUAAUUUGACUUCCGGCCGUUUGCUUCUGCUGCUACUUCGUUGAGCUACAAUGGGCUCCGUUGCGCAGGGUUUUACCAAGUCUCUGGCCAUGACUAUUCUGUCCGAGAUCGGCGACAAGACCUUCAUCGCCGCCGCGAUAUUGGCAAUGCGUCAUCCAAGGAGGCUUGUUUUGGCAGGAUGCCUGGGUGCAUUGAUCGUCAUGACUAUGCUUUCUGCUGUUGUCGGUUGGGCUGCUCCAAAUCUGCUCUCUCGUACAUGGACACAUCAUAUCACGACAGUAUUGUUUUUUGGCUUUGGACUUUGGUCCUUGUGGGAUGGAUUUAAAGGAGACGGGGAUGCUGAUGAAUUGGCUGAAGUUGAAGCAGAAUUGGAUGCUGACUGGAAAUCUGGUUCUGGAACGAACAAGGAAGAUAGCAAGAAUGGUGAUGAGUCGAAAAAGAAAAGGCGGCCAUUUAUGGCACAGUUCUUUUCACCAAUUUUAUUGAAGGUAAGAGGUCUAUUUUCCUACAUUUUUUGUCUGAAACCUUGGAAGCUCACCUGGUUUCUUCCGUGCUUGCUGUUUCAGGCAUUCUCCAUUACAUUCUUUGGUGAAUGGGGUGACAAGAGUCAGCUAGCUACUAUUGGUUUGGCUGCUGAUGAGAACCCUUUUGGUGUUGUUCUUGGCGGGAUUCUAGGACAAGCAUUGUGUACAACUGCUGCUGUUGUAGGAGGGAAGAGCUUGGCAUCACAGAUAUCCGAGAGAAUGGUUGCCCUCUCAGGUGGAAUUCUAUUCAUUGUUUUUGGCAUCCAAUCCUUUCUUUCCGAUGUCAACUAAAAGAAGCUUUGUAAACUAUACUAACGGGAUAGGAAAGGUGGUUCCUCUAGUCUCAGAAACCACAGUCAUGCAUGAAAGAAGUCUGCUAUUAAUUUAGCGCUCAGCCAAGUUCCAGAGCGCUACUCUGUCUUGUAACGGAAGAAAGGUCUGUCGGAACGACGAAUAUACCAGGCCAUAUUUCUAGCUUCGGAGAAUGUUUUGGCGGGACUACUGUGGCUGAGCAGAUGACUAACAUGCCUUUACUUGAGGACUUGAAUCAGAACAUUUUCCUUUUGCCACUGUAGACGGAUAUUUGUGGUGCUGUCUAUGUAGUUUUAUUUGUCACCUCCAACAAUUCCAUGGGGGGUAUCAGUCUAUCAGAUACUCCGAUCUUCCUUGACCUCACUCUCAAUAGACAAGUCUGUAUUAUUGAACAAUGAACAUAGACAAAAUUGGAUUAAACUUUAUGAAGGACUUCUUUUCCAGAAUGUAUCUUUUUUCUCUGGCAAAACUACUACCACAGUUGUUAAAUACUAGGAUUCAUGUCCAUGAAUAGGGUAGAAGUUCCUUCAUUCAAAAGGACAAACCAUUCGCCACCACUUUUGCAUCUAACUCAUUGGAAGUUACAAGUAUUGACACCACAUAUUCUUAUCCUUUUCCAGUCUUUUUUUCAUAUAUAUACACACUAUCAGAUAGAACUAACAUAGACACCAAAGAGAAGCAACCUCAAGAGAAAUAUCAUCAUUCUGGCCUGGCUGCCUCAUUCAACAUCCACCGCUCGCAGGUUCAAUUGAACUCAACAGCCCGUUUCCUCUCAGCUGCGUGCAAUGGUCCUCCGCGUCAGCUUGAGCGCAAAUAAUCACCACAGCUAGGCCAUUGUAGUGUGCCUCUUGCAUUAUGUUCACCGCAUUGUCCACUGUCAUCCCGGGUAUAACUUUCAUCAAAACUUGGACCACGUAUUCCCGUUUGUUGAAGUUGUCAUUGUGCAACAUCACGCGAUAAGGGGGUGACAUUUUCCUCGAUUUCCUGGACCUCAAGUCAAACUCAGAGUCACGGCCAGGAGUGGUUUUCUCAAUCACUGGUCUGUCAAGUACGCCUCCCCCUUUACCUGGCGCUGCUGCUGAUACUGCCAUGAGAAUUCCACGGACGCUACAUCUUCCUCGACAUAGAGAGUGUUUAUCCCCUGAAGAUACAUUAGCAAACAUCAGUAAAGGUCAAACAACAUAGGGUACCCAAUAAAUAUCCAUGCAUUACAAUAUGAGUCUAGUCUCCUCUGUCGACUGUCGCAACUUGCAAGAUAUGACCUCUGUUCAAAGGAGGCAGAACAAUUAAAACCUAGCAAUCGAGAAACACAUCCCAUAGAUAACUAGUCUUAGCUUGUGGCCAAGAAUCAAUAACAUAGACGAAUAACUAUAUGCUGAAAAAAGAAAUGCAGUAUUGCAUGGAGACCUGUAAACUACCCAAAUAUGCAAUUUACAAGUUUACAAAUCUGAUGAAUUGGAAAGUGAUAAACAAGAAACCAAAGAAACAAUGUAGUACCUUCCAAAAGCAGUAAUAGUAAAGUUAAAUCUAAAAAAGGGAACUCCUACAAGUCAUCCAUGAACCAUGAUGGUUCUGCAUCAUGCUACGACAUGUGCCAUUGUGUAAAAAUGCAUGUGCGAGAGCAAUGAACACUAGAGUCAGGCAGGCUGUAAUUAAAUUCAUUCAACUGCCAGUAUCUAAUGGCCUAAGCUAAAGCAAGCAUAUUACAAUACCUGUUAGCAGAUAGUUUUCAGGGCAACCUAAGCUCUAAGAGAUCCUACCCAUCCACAAAACUCCAUGGUGGUUCCCACCAAUUCCACCAACAAAGCAAACAGUAAAACAAAAACCAGCUACUGUUUAUAGACAACUUCGUAUACAACCAAUUCUCCAAUGCCGGACGAAUCCUAAAAGCCGACUGUCAUGGUGUUGUUCGACCAGUUGCUCUAAGAAACAACAUGCAUGCAGCGAUACCAGAGUCCUCAAUUACUAAUAAGUCAGUCAGCCCUCAACAAACUGAACUACAGCGUUGAACUAUCAAUUCUGGUUUCAUACUUUCAUCUACCAGGCAGAACUAAUAGAGAGCUUUUAUUCUACUAAUCACCAUUCCAGGAAAACAAAAGAAACCCAAUUGAAGACUCAAAAUACUGAAAAUAAACCACCCAAA